GACGUAUAUCCGAUAUGUCAAUGUGCAUGCAUGUUGAUUAACCUUAUUUUUCCAAAUCAGUUUAUCUACAUAGCCCCAAACAAAAGUGCAUGUUUAUUCCAAAAUAGAGAUUUUCCAAAUGGAUUUUAUAAUUGAUACAGUGGGUACAAGGAAAAACACUCAGAAAACAGAUCCGGUUUUCCUUCAAAAGUUAUUUGAAGAUUAUCCAGAUCUUCCACGUGAAACCACAAAUGCUCAAAAGCCUAAAGAAGAUCCACAGAAAACUUUAGUUAAAGAAAUAUUAGACGACUUGAAAGGGGUAAAUAAAAAUAGGAAAAACAAGAAGAAAGUUGAAAAUAAAGUUGAUGAUUUUGAACCAACUGAUAAACGCAAAGAAGUGAAAGAGGCUUUAAAAAAAUCAAUUCUUAAUACUGAUUUUGAAAAAUUAGAAACUGUUCCACCUGUAGAGAUAUCAGAGAGAAAUCUUAAAAAGCAGAGAAAGUUGGAGAGGGAGAAGACAAAAGGCAAAAAAUGGUUUGGAUUACCAGCAACUGAAAUGACUGAGGAAAUCAAGAAUGACCUAGAGAUUCUUAAAAUGCGUUCUGUGUUAGAUCCAAAACACUUUUACAAGAAGAAUGACCUAAAAGUUUUGCCCAAGUAUUUUGAGAUGGGUAAGGUGAUGGAUUCACCAUUAGAAUUCUAUAGCAACAGAUUAACAAAGAAAGAACGCAAGAAGACCCUAGUAGAUGAACUAUUGGCAGAUGCAGAAUUCCACAAAUACAACAAAAGGAAGUAUAAGGAGAUUAUUGAAGAAAAACAAAAGACACAUUAUAAAGCAUGGAGGCAAGCUAAAAGAUUAAAAAAGAAAAAGUGAAAACAAUGUAGAAUAUUUAUUACAUCCACAAUUAUAUUUGUUUUUAAAAUCCUCCUGUCACCUCAAUUGAUGCCCCAUUUAUGUAAGAACUUUUUUCACUGGCCAAAAAUGCAAUCACUUCACCAACCUCUGUAAAAAGAACAAUGUUCAGUUCAGUAUCUAAAAUUAAGGCUCAUAUCUAACCUUCUGGUUUUCCAAAUCUGCACAUGGCUAUCAUUUUUGUAAACUUUUCUUUGACCUUAUCUGGGACAGCUUCCAACAUUGGUGUAGAAAUCAUGCCAGGCAAAAUACAGUUUACCCUUAUAUUCAUUUUACCAAGUUCUUUUGCGGCAGUUUUGGUUAAAAGCUCAACACCUGCUUUACUGGCACAAUAAUUUGCUUGUCCCAAGUUACCAUAUUUUCCCACAAUGCUUGCUAUAUUUAUUAUUGAAGCACAUGGUAAGUUAUGAGCAAGAAUAGAAUUGGCGAACGUCUGAAUCACUAAAAAGGUACCCUAAAAGAAUAAAAAAUAUCUGAAGCCUUCAAACUAUAAAAAAUGGUGAACCUUUUUAUGUUUAAUCUUAAAUUCCAGAUUAUUUUAAAAUUAAUUGGUAACAUCAUUUUGUUUGUUGAUAAUAUUAAUAAAAUAAUAAAGAUGGC